GCCUAAGCCUUUCAAGGAUUCCGUGCCCCACGUUGGCACAGACAGAUGUCUGGCACUUCGGAUUGGACGCAUGAAGAUUCCAUUGUAGCACGUGACCAGACCAGAGGGAAAAGGAAAGGAAAGAAUGAAGAAGAAAGGAGACGGCGGAAAACGUCUUAAAUUGACGUAAACAUUCAGUGAUGUGGUAUGGCAAGCUCCGGUGUUGUGAGAUGUAGUGAAGGCAAGCCAUUCCACAGACUUAAGAAGGUCCUCCAAAGGAUUUGAAAUAUUGCUCCUCUCAGGCCAUGCAACCAUGAAGCUGAACGAACGCAGCGUGGCUCACUAUGCAACGUGUGACUCUCCCCCGGACAAGACCGGCUUCCUCUUCAAGAAGGGGGAGCGAAACACGGCCUACCACCGACGCUGGUUCGUCCUCAAGGGCAACAUGCUGUUCUACUUCGAGGAGCGUGAGAGCAAGGAGCCCAUCGGCGUCAUUGUGCUCGAAGGCUGCACGGUGGAGCUGUGCGAGUCGGCCGAGGAGUUUGCCUUCGCCGUCAAGUUUGACUGCGCCAGGGCCCGUGUCUACAAGAUGGCCGCCGAGAGCCAGGCGGGCAUGGAGUCAUGGGUGAAGGCACUGUCGCGGGCCAGCUUCGACUACAUGCGGCUGGUGGUGCGCGAGUUAGAAAAACAGCUGGAGGAGCUUCAGGAGGGGGCCCGAGGGAUGCAGGGCAAGGCCAAGGGCACCAGGAGACAACAACAACAACAACAGCAGCAGCAGCAGCAGCCAUCACCACGGCCCAAAUCAACUGGGUCCUCAACAGGCGGCGCUCUCGCAGCGUCCUCUACGUCUCAACCCCAGGGCCCCACUGCUGGAGCUGCUGUGCCAGCCGCCUUAGCACUUAGCCAGCCAGAGGACGCGCAGCCGCAGACUGGUCAUGCCAAGGAGAACGGCGUGGCGUGGAGCAAGCCGUCCGCCUUGACCAACGGGGUCCCCGAAACACUGGGCGUGGUCUGGGAUGCCGAUGGGAGCUCGAGGGGUGAUGGCUUUAGACCCCCGCCGGUGCCGCCGCGGCGGAGGGGAGGCUCGGGGUCAGCCCAGGGGUCACUGGAGAGCCCCUUCUCCCCGGAAACAGGGUGCUUCUCCAAACUCCAUGACUGGUACGGGAAAGAAGUGGCCGAAUUGCGAGUUGAGUGGCUGCAAAGCCAGUGAAGUGUCGGAGCACUACAGUUGUGCUUCUGCUCUUCCUUGUUGCAAAGGUUGUGUCAUCGCAGACUGUGCCAUUUGCGAGAGCUCUAUUUCUUUUUAAAGAAAGUACUGUACUUAAGAUUCCAAACCAGCAGAGAGGGCUUCCACAGAUUGGUUCGUAAAUCCAGCACUUUUCUGGUUCUGUAGUGCUUCCUGUGCCCACAGGGAAUGCAGUUAGCAAGACAUGACAAGACUACUCAUGUAUUGUUUUGUUUUGCAAAAUGUGGGAAAUUCCACUGUGCUUUUUUUCCAAAUUAUAAUGCACAAAAAUGUUCAAAUUGAAUUUAUCCAAUACUUAACUGAUUUUAGUGAUCUGAGAAUGGACUCGGAUCUCCUUUUCUCCUUCUCAGUCAAUUGCUAUGGACCAAUGAUGUAUUGUAUGUAGGCAUCAGAACGGUUGUUACUUUGCCUUAUGUGGUUGUGAAGAUGUCAAGAUCCCACCACUCAGACCUACUGAGUUACAAUAGUUUACAUAAUAACCACUUUUUUUUUUAUGCAGAAUUUUUUUUCACUUUAGCCUUUGAACUAUUUAUGCCAGGAAUUAAUGGGGUCAUCUAAGCCUUGUGUCAACAUGAAUUAUUAACAUCUUAUGAAAAGCUCAUUUGAAAUAAACAAAUGUCCCAGACUCCCAGUGCUAAACAAAGAUACACAUAGAACAGUUAGUUGUCCAUCCCUCUUUCUUACCCUUUGUCAAAAUGAGACAAUGGCUGAUAUACUUACCGGGCCAGCACCAAGCUUUCAAAACAUUUCAAAUGUUAACAUUUUAGUGCACAUUUCAAAUGUUACAUUUAUAGCUUAAUGGAUAUUAUACUGUUAUACAUUAACAUGCAACUUAAUAUUUGUGUCUACUCACAGUUGGUUGGCCUGAUGGCCUAAUAUUGUGAUGUUAUGUGCCAAGGUUGGGCUGUUUGUUCAUACAUGUAUCUGUGUUUUUGUAUUAUGUUGUAUUAUGAGGUUAAUCGGUACAGAUAAAUGAAAUGUUGUUAAAAUACGGAAUAGUCUAAGCAAAUGCAAGAUAUUGCUGGGAUUAUUUUGGAAACAGUAUGAACCAUUUAGCCAUGACUUGCUUUUUUACACCAGGAUACUUUCAGUAAUUUUGUAAGAAAAUUGCAUAGUAUUUUGUGACCACAUUAUCAGCCUCACACAGCGCCUUGCCACCUUGUUAUUUGUUUCAGUCCUUAAAUUGAUAAAUCCAGAUUUAAAUACAUACAUGACAGUGUAUUCACAUCAGAUGGUGAUAGCCACUAGGCAUUAUUAGACUUGAGAAUCAAGAAGACACAUGUUCGGUACAUCUACUGACGCUGACUACUGGAUACAUUUAUCUAUGUGCAUUUUGACCAUUGGCCAUCCAAACUGAACUUAAGAAAUACAGUAUGAGUUCAGUUAUGUACAUUCCUAAUCUUAACAAUGUCUGAAGCUCGGAAGUAAUAAUCAUGGACAUUUGUUUUAACUUUUUUCUUGAGACCUUGGAUGUUUUGAUCUGGUCACUGAUACUGUUCCAUUACUAUGCAUUUUUGUAAUUGUUUUCAGUGGUUACAUAAAUUUUAUACAUUACAGUGAUGAGCAUAAUCCAAAUGGGAUUAGUAAAAAAAAAUGAAUAUAAAAAUGUAAGUGAUGUUUAUUACCCCUCAGUCAGAGUAUUGUUUAAAAGUACUACUUGGUAUGAUGGUGCCAAUUUCACAUUAUUUAAAUGUAUUCACUACGGAUAUCUAUUUAUAAAAGAUGACAAAAAGAAUGUGGCUAAUCAAUAUGUGAACAGUAUGUGUUGCCUUGUGCUCCAUCUAUUCAAUGAUUCCAAGAUGUUCAGUGCAAAUGAUGAAAACAAUCAUAAUAAAAUAAAGUUUAUGGAUUCAUUUG